CUCUCAGAUCUGCCGCUUCACCUCAGAUGCCAAGGACAAGCCGAUUGGCUGCUCGGUGGCCAUCAGUACGUACAGCAUGUUGGGACACACCACCAAGAGGUCUUGGGAGGCAGAGAGAGUGAUGGAAUGGAUGAGGUCCCAGGAGUGGGGUCUCAUCAUCCUGGACGAGGUGCACACCAUCCCUGCUAAGAUGUUCCGUCGCGUUCUGACCAUUGUCCAGGCCCACUGUAAGCUGGGUCUGACCGCUACGCUGGUCCGAGAGGACGACAAGAUCGUUGAUCUCAACUUCCUGAUUGGGCCCAAGCUGUUCGAGGCUAACUGGAUGGAGCUCCAGAACAACGGAUACAUCGCUAAGGUCCAGUGUGCUGAGGUGUGGUGUCCGAUGUCUCCGGAGUUUUACCGGGAAUACGUGGCCAUCAAGACGAAGAGACGUAUUCUCCUCUACACCAUGAACCCCAACAAGUUCAGAGCCUGUCAGUUCCUCAUCAAGUUCCACGAGAGACGCAACGACAAGAUCAUGGUGUUCGCCGACAACGUCUUCGCUCUGAAGGAGUACGCUAUCCGCCUCAACAAGCCCUACAUCUAUGGCCCCACCUCUCAGGGAGAGAGGAUGCAGAUCCUACAGAAUUUUAAACACAACCCCAAGAUCAACACCAUCUUCAUCUCCAAGGUGGGUGACACGUCCUUUGACCUCCCCGAGGCUAAUGUUCUGAUCCAGAUCUCCUCUCAUGGGGGUUCUCGCAGACAGGAGGCUCAGAGGCUGGGCAGGGUGCUGCGAGCCAAGAAAGGUAUGGUCGCUGAGGAGUAUAAUGCCUACUUCUACUCGUUGGUGUCUCAGGAUACUCAGGAGAUGGCCUACAGCACCAAGAGACAGAGGUUCCUAGUGGACCAGGGAUACAGCUUCAAGGUCAUCACUAAAAUGGCGGGGAUGGAGGAGGAUAAUCUGAUGUUCUCCUCCAGAGAGGAGCAGUAUCAGCUGCUCCAGAAGGUUCUGGCUGCUACAGACCUCGACGCAGAGGAGGAAGUGGUCAUCGGAGAGAAUGGACGGCCAAUGUUCCAGCGGAGACCUGGUACCAUGAGCUCCAUGUCCGGGGCUGAUGAUUCUGUCUACAUGGAGUAUCGCUCUAGAGGCAGCCGGGCCCACCUGGGUAACAACAUCCACCCGCUCUUCAAGCGCUUCAGGAAGGGCCCGUAGGUCUCUGCUCUAAUCUGCUGCACUAUAUAGGGAAUAAGGUGUUACUGUGGGAUACUGCCGGGGUGUUGUGGAAGGGAUUCCUAGACUCAGGUCAGACGAGAGGUAACCGCUAUAGACCCUGGUAGGACGAACAUGUUCCCUGUGUGUUUCAGAGAGAACCCAGUUCUGCAUCACCACCAUAACCUCAGUUCUAGGGGUUUUUAGUUCUUCAGAGAGGGAUACUAAAUGUGGUCUUUUAUCUGUCUCAUAUUUCAUUCAUGUGUUUUUGUUUUUUGUCUUGACAUGAAAUGCUUUUCAAAUAAAACAGGAAUGUUUGGGA